UCUGUAUACUUGGGCCACAUGGGAUGGGGCAGCCCUACUACUUUCCGGCCCAUGAAGGCGCGUAAUUCUCCAACCGGUUAUCCCUGCUCCUAACGCCACUCGUUCCGCAUACCAGUGGAAUUUUGGAACCGCUUGCUCAAAUCAUUCUUACCACCGCAGAACUUCUAAAUUUUGAUUGAUGCAGUCGACGAAGAUGGAGCCGGCUACGUCGAUCUCAUCGUCUUCCCGUACCCCUGGGAGGACGCCGGAUGCGACGGGGAUGGAGCAAGUCUUGUCAGAUCUGCAGGCGCUGAAGGGGCUCUAUGGGCUGCUUCACAAGGGCCAGCAGGCUAAUGAAAAUUUGGAUGAGGCAUCAAGAUCUCUUCUGAUGAAGAUGCUAGACAAUGCUACGCAGCAGACUCUCCUAAAACAAGCAAAGAUGCUAUCAGAUCCCCUAAUGUCUCCCGCUCUGGAGAGAAGGCUUUCGAUCCAACCAGGCCGCCGGCCAGCCGGCGACGCCGGGCAACGCCUGAAGCCGCUCGCGUCGCCCAGCCUCAGCAUCCACGCCAGCGAGUGGUCCCGCCGGCUGAAGCCGCAAAGCCCGGCGAGAAGCCGAGAUGGCCGCCACGACUACGACGAUCAUCGCCGCCGUGAGAGGGACGAUCGUCUCCUCGCUCGCGUCGCUUCCAACCGCUCGUCAAGAACCGCAAUGCCGCGGCUCCCUCCGACUACUCCAGAGCAGCGCAUUGCCCGCCUCGGUUCCCACCGUUCGUCCAUGGCCGCCGAGCCGUGGCGUGGCGACGCGAGCGAUAGUGCUUCGCGUGUCGGCCGUAGUGACAGGUAUAGCAGGCUUCGCCGAGGCUCUGGACGCGGUGAUCGGUCGUCGUCGUCGCCGGAGCGCAGCAGCAGGCGCCGCUCCGUGUCCCGCGCGCCGUCGACGACGAGGUUGCUUGGCCGUAACACGGCGCAGGGAGCGGGUGGCUCGUCCACAAGUCGUUGCGUCGGGAGGCUGGACACUGGGUUGUCACGUCGUGGCUCUGAGCGAGCCGCCGGGCGCGGCGCGGGCACGAGUAGGUGGUCGUCGCCGAGCAGCGACGGGGAAGCGGUGACCAUACGCAGUCGCAUCAGGCCGAACAGGGAGCUCCUGGACCGCUGCGUACGCCGAGCUGAAGAAAUUGAAGAACUAAGCCUGCGGCAGCGACGGAGAAAGGACAGCAGCGUUCGCAGCGGCAUCAGCACGGGCCGGUCCAGCCGCCGGCCGCGGCAAAUGCUGGACCCUAUCGACUCCGGCAGUACGUACAGCAGCAGCUCAGCAAGUGCCUCUAUCCCGUCUCCCUCCAUGAGCCCCACGGCGCCGUCGACGCCGGCCGCUUCAGCUUCUCCCUGCUCCUCCUCGUCUGUGUCCGUGUCACCGCGGGGCGGUGCGCGGCCAGAGUACCCAUUGGAGGAGGCAUCGAGCACGUCGAAGAGCCGCCGCCGUCGGGAGCGCCAGGAGAGACGGGAAGGGCGGCUGCGAAGGUUCAAGGACAAGCUCGCCCUGGUGUUCCACCACCGCCACGACCACCAUCACCACCACCACAUCGGGCGCUCCGACAGCCCACUGUCUAGGGGCGACCGCCGCGGGAAGAAGAGCAAGUCGCCGUGGAGCUACCUCGGAGGGAUGUUCCAACACCGCACUGCGGGACAAGAUCGGGGCAAGAAGAGCACUGUAGGACACGACGGGGGCAAGAAGAAGAGCACUGCAGGACACGACGGGGGCAAGAAGAAGAGCACUGCAGGACAGGACGAGGGCAAGAAGAAGAGCACUAGUAAGACGGUGGUGACGGCGAAGCGGCGCGGUGGCGGUGGACACGCGCCGUCGCUGUUUGACGCGCUGGUGAAGCACAAGUUCGGAGGGCGAAAGGCACCGGCGCGAGCUGGGAUGGUGCGCACGCGCAGCCUGAGCAGAGUGCAGGUCAAGAAGACCAACUGGUGGCAGCAGCUGGGGCGACGGCGCGGCCCGGCAGAGGGCAAGCGCAGGCCACGUCGUUUAGGACAAGGGAAAGCACUGUAGUUUCAGACGUUCAAUGUCGUCUGCAUUACUGCAUUUACCGGGCAGGUUAGAGAUGUGAACCUGCUGUAUUGUAUGUUCUUCCAGAUAGGGGAACAAGCUUGUGCUUAUUCAUGAUGCAACACUAUCAACGAAGCACAAAUAUGACAGCCU